CCUGACUGCUACUUGAAAACGCUGUGUGUUGGGAAAGGAACGUCUAUUUGGAAAUAUGUCACCAAUCACGUUUUCCAAAAAAGGUUCAUUUAAUGUUUAAGUGGUAACUGCUGUUACCAUAUUUAAUUUCUGUACCUCGCUAUUGUAUCAUCAGUUUUGCUAUUACACAGGGUGGGCCAAAAGUACGUAUACUGCAGCUUCGUGAUUCAUGAUUGUCGUCCCUCAACAUGGUUUCUUACCAGGUUUAGUGUUUCAGUAUAGAGCAUCUAGUCAGGGUUGGGUUUUCAAAUUAGGGCUCCGAGCCUUGUUCCGGGCUUCAAAUCUUCUAGGGUUUAAAAUAAUGGUAAGAUAAAUUUGGUUUUCAAGGUCAGAGAUUGGAGACUCUAAAAGUGACAGUGAGCCGCUUCCAUCUUUUCUUCGGUCUUCCUUUUGUCCUUCCUUUAAUCUUUCUUCCAUAAAUACGUUAAAGUGUAAACCUACUUUAGCCCACCCAGUAUUUAAUUUUUCUGAAACUUUGUGUGUAAUUUGAACUAACUAUACCUGAACACAUAUUGUAUUGUAAGCAUGGAAUGUCCAAGUACUGACUGGUGUACUUCAUUUCUAAUGGGUUUUCUAGAACUGUGAAGAUCAAGCGAGGAAAUCUUCAGUGGUACAAAGUGCUUCAAGACAAAGAGGCGAAGCAGCGUGAGGGCCAGAGGGUGACUGCAAAGCAGAGUGAGCUUCAGAAGAAGAUAGAGCAACUCAAGAAUGAGAUCGGUCACCUGGACUCAGAGAUCAGAGCAACUGAGGAACAGCUGGCCACUCAAGUCUAUCAGUUCUACCUGGGCUCAGGUGGAGGACAGUCAGGGCAGGAAUUUGCUUCUCCAGGCCUUCAAGCAGCGCUGCGUGUCAGGUCGCAAGAUGCUGUCGAGUAACACUCAGAAGAUCAGUGGCUACUGCCGGGCUCUGGAGCAGAUGGCAAGGAAAGCAGAGGUUGAGGUGCUGUUAGAAAAUCCGCUUUCCAGCAACUGUGACAUUGAAACACUCCUCUUCAAAUCUCCAGUGGAGGCACAAGUCGUGCGUCAAGUGAGACUGCUGUGUAAUGAUAGGGUCCAUUUUUAUCAGUCUUUACAAGAGAGUGAAUUGAAGACUGCAGAGUGUGGACGUAUGACUGGUGGGCAGAGGACUGCUGUGUUUCAGUACUGGUUAAGUGCUGUGGAGAACCUGGUGGAUGCUCACCCUCCAAACCACAUCCUUUCUGCACUGCAACAUUUGGCUUCCAAAGAGCAGAAGGCAUUGGAUGUGAAUGUGUCCUCUCUGGAUGUACCUCAUGAUGUGAAAGGUCUUAGGUUCCGUUAUGAAAACAAUCAUCUCCUGGACAUAUCUAAAGAAGAGGAUGAUGACUUGCCAUCUGUUAAUACCCUCUUACAGGCUAAAUGGCGAGAAGUGGAGGAGAGUUUUGUUGAAUUAUCGCAGACUCGCUCCAGAGUCCAACAACUCCAGAACCAGCUGGUGGCUUGCAGGAAGCAGGCCGAACAGAAGGUGUCUGGCUUUGUCGAUGACCUCCACAAUGACACAUUGGCACAGUCAAUUUUGGAACUGGAGCUUCAGUGUGUGAUGAAGGCUGCAGCCAGAGACUAUAUUAAAGAAUGGUGUAUCCACCGUGACCAGCAUGCCAGAAGCCAACAGGAGGCGCUCCGGAACCUUUGCAGCCAGUGGCAGAACGUUAUGGACUUCAGACAACUAGUGGUCCUCAGGCAGGAACAGAUUAGAAGUCUGAUUAAGGGGAAUUCAUCAGCUAAAACUGAAUUGAUCCACAUGCACAAAGAGCUACAGGACUUUCUGGAGGGCAAACUAGUGCCACAGUGCAAAGAUGUCAGCACUGCUGCCAUUAGUAUAAGAAACUCCAUCUCCAAGGAGGUUAAACAAAUGGGCACCAUUUCGCUUCGAGCUCUGGACCGGAGAACUGUUGAUGGAAUGCAGAGAAUUCCCGCAUCAUGGCUGUCCAUCCAUCGCUUGCAUUCGUCAACCUUCAGCAGCCUGUGUCAGAACAUGGUGUUCCCACUCUACAGGGCUCCAGAGGAGUUGUGCGCCCAAGCGUGCUGCGACCACCUCGAGUGGCGUUUUCUUGUUCAGUUACUACAACUUAACUCUACCACGCUUCGGAAAUCCAAGGAGUGGGCGGCACGGCUUCUUGCAUCUGAUCACAAUGCCUUGCUGUCCAGAGUCGAAGAAGAAGAUAAGAAAUUGUUGAAGUCUCUGGUUCCAAGGGCCAGAAUUCUGACCCAAAAAUGUGCAGAAAGCCUUUCUAAUGGAGAGAAAGUCCAAACGGCCAUCUCUGACUGGUGGGAUCAGCCAGCACAACAUGUCCUACCUGAUGUCUGCAAAGGAGGACUGACUUUUCAGCAGUGGUUAGAGAGGUGGAAACUAGCUGCCAAAGCCUAAGUGAAAGGAGAAUAGUUUACUAAAGUAGCAAAACUGUCUUGCUGUAUUGGUAAUGAAAAUGCACGAUUUAAUGGUAAUUCUCACAUUAUUCAUUAUUGUUCAGUUCCUGUUUUACAGUGUUAUGUUGUGCUAAUAAAUACAUAUUUGUCA